GAUUUCAAAGCAGUAGUAGACUAGCAGAGGUGACAACUUUGAAAACAAAAACAGAAAUGAUUUACCUUUAUUCUUAGUAAAUUAGUGGAAUGAAUAUAGUGUAGUGCCGGUAUUGGAAUCUUAAAAAAAGAAACAAUGCGUGGCAUUUCUUUUGAAUGUAGGAAAGGUGACUACCUCAUAUAGGGAACUAAAAUAAACAUGACUAAACUGUGGUUGAAGAGGUUAACUUAUUUUCAGUUCGUACUAGGUUAGGCAAAGGUGUAGGUUAUCUAUUAAAUCUACACUAUUUCCAUCCCAGCAUUUUAUUGUCUGUAGUUUUAUACUUUUUUAAUAUAAUUUAAUCAGACAUAUUCCAGUAAAUAAUAACAUAGAAAUAUGGCAAAGAAUUUCCUAAAGAGUAGUUUGCAGAAUGCCUCCUUCAACAUCAUUUUCCAGAUCAUGUUCCGUUGCCUUACGUUCCUGAUGAAUGCAUUUGUGCUGCGCCACGUGGAACAGGCUGUGAUUGGAGUGAUGAAUGUGAGACUGCUGCUGUUAGAGUCAACUAUCUUGUUCCUCAGCAGAGAAGCAUUCAGGAGAGCCUGUCUAACCAACACCACCGCCCACAACUGGGCUCAGGUCAUCAACCUCCUAUGGCUGACAGUGCCGCUGUGCAGUGUCAUGUGUCUACUGUUUGGUUGGGUCUGGCUCUGUGUUCUGGAGACCCCAGACCCUCAGAUCACCACCCAUUACACACUCGGCGUGUAUGCUAUCGCAAUCAGCUGUGUCAUUGAGAUGUGUGUCGAACCCCUCUACAUGGUGGCACAGGCAUUUCUCUUCGUCAGACUUAAAGUAGUUAUGGACACAAUAAACGUUAUUGUGCGCACCACUGUGUUCACACUGAUGGUGUUGUGGUGGCCACAAGGUGCUGUGGUGGCAUUCUCCACUGCGCAGAUUGUGGCCGUCAUAGUGUACUCAUUAUGCUACUACUACUAUUUCGCCCACUACUUGGAAGAACGCAGAGUCAAACCCAUGCCCACACCUCGGCAACUACAGCGACCAAUGUCUUCUGAGGAUGAUUUCCCUUUCACUUCUAUGUCUGAGUUUCUACCACGCCGCCUGGAUAAUCAGACAGCAGUAGAUUUGAAGUUGUGUGUGCUCACAUGGAGUUUCUUCAAACAAGGGAUUCUCAAGCAGAUACUGACCGAGGGUGAACGCUAUGUCAUGACACUAUUCUCCGUCCUCUCAUUCUACGAACAAGGAGUGUUUGACGUUGUCAACAAUCUGGGUUCACUGGCUGCACGGUUCCUUUUCCGUCCUAUUGAGGACAGCGCAUAUUUCUACUUCUCCCAAUUAGUCAUAAGGGAUAAACCCAUCGAUGACCAGGAUCCUUACCAGAUGAAGGAAGCUGCACUGGUUCUACAGCGCCUACUGCGCACUGUGGUGAGUCUGGGAUUGGUAGCCUUGUGUUUUGGCCAGGGAUAUGCCAGGUUGGUACUCCUGCUGUAUGGUGGCUCUGCUUUGGCUGAUGGCUUGGCACCCCUGCUUCUCCGCGCACACAGCCUUGCCAUUCUACUACUCGCCAUCAAUGGGACCACUGAGUGUUACGCUCUUGCUACUAUGGACACAGUUCAUCUUGACAGGUACAAUCGAGUGAUGGCAGGUCUGUCUGUGGGCUUCAUGUUGGUGUCCUGGCUACUCACGAGGCUGCUGGGCAGUGUGGGUUUCAUCCUAGCCAACUGCUGUAAUAUGGCGGCCCGCAUCACCCACAGUGUGUUGUUUAUCAAAAGGCGAUAUCACAACACAGCAUUUACUCCUCUUGAUGGAUUGCUACCAGGGCGCAAAUUUCUCAUAGCUGUCUUAUCAUCUGCAGUAAUUACCAUAUCAUCAGAGGCAUACUUUUAUGAGAGCUCCAAGUUUGUACACUUUGCCACUGGUGUCACCUGUCUUGCAGUGGUUGUUGCCAUCUGGGUGUACGAAGAGCAGGAGGUGGUCCGAUUCGGAGUGGAUCGAUGGCGUCGUCAGUCUCUCAAAGUGGACUAAAUACAUGGGUCUCUUUGUAUAGGGCAUUAUGUUAAGAGCUAUGUAUAAAGUGUACAAAGUGUAUAGAAUGAAACAUGGCUGUUAUCAGAGAGUCUUCUUAAAAAUGGCCGCAGUGAGAGUAGGAGAUUGUUGAAUCAAACAUUUUCUGAAAAAUAACAGGGUUUUUUAUCAGAUAAUUAUAAAUCGUCUAGAAUUUGUUAUGCUCCCAUUUACAUAGAGAGGUAAUAUAAUAGUUAUUUGCAAUCACUUUUCAACAUAAAAUUUACCAAUCCAGUGACGCAAUCUUUAGUAUUAUACUGAGGUUAACCUCAACAUUUUUCAAUAUUUUAUUUUAACUUUGAUUUUUAGACUAUGAAAGGAAAAAAACUAAUAGAAGUAAUAGACAUUAUAAAUAUAUUAAUUGAUCACUUUGUAUAUAUGAAAAAUCAUUUCUAAUCUGAUUCAAAACUAAUAAAGGCAUAAAUAGUAUUUAAAUGUUAGUCUCUCUAUAAAUCUAAAAUGGGGAAAAAUCUAGAUUGAUAAUUUUUGUGUAGUUAAACUGUAAGCUGUCAUACAUUAAUUGAAAUUGUGACACUGGGUGGAGAGUUAAAUGUUACCUGAGGAAUGAAAAUAUAUAGAUUAAGAAAUAAUAUUUUAGAAGUGAGACUAGUAAAAGACCAUGACAGUUCAAACUGUAUAGGAUAAUGUCAUUGUUGUAUAAUUGUGCUAAUGUAAAUAAUAAUUGUUAGUAUGUACCUGAUUGUGAACAGAUAACAAUCGUUAGGCCAACAUUUCACAGAAUUGCUAUUUAUUUAGUCAUGCAACUUUAAUUUAAUGCUAUUUGCAAACAAAAGAACAUUUUUAACAAUUAUGAACAACUGAAUUAUACAUUAAUUAUGAUUAAUUUAUUUGCAUUCAUCCUAAUUAGUUUUUAAAUAUUUCCUCUGCUUUUUACCAAAACAGAUUUUGAAUAUGCUUUUAUUUUAAAUUCUGGUAUAACAUAAAAUUGUUCAUCCUUUUAAAAGCAAGUUAUUAGGCCGAGAGGAUGAGUGAGUAUAGAGAGCUAGGAUUGGCACAGGCUGACGGAUUCUGCUGUUACAUCAUUGUAUUGUUCAUAUUCUAGUUUACUCUCUUAUUCAAUUUUAUAUUCUCUCGCACUAUACAAAUUAUAUUCAGGUGAUAAUUUGUUCUACUUAUUACUAUCUCAAUAGGAGCACGAAGAGGUUUUGAUAUAGCUAAUACUUAAUCACCAUAAAUCUUAUAAAUAUUUCACACAUAUCUCAAAAUGUUCAUUAUGUUUUUAUCUCUUGAUAUAAAUAAGACGCAUAUUUUAAAGAGGUGCAAUUAUUAGUUUUAAUUUUUAAUGUUUCUAAGCGACUUGUAGAUUUGUAUUUAAAAAUACAUGGAAAACAAGAAUACCAUUAGAUGAGAUCUUACACUCUAAUGUAUACCUCCAAAUUAAAAACUUCCAAGUAGUUAAACACUUCAUUACUUUAUGUGUUACAUUUAAAACUAAAUAAACUAUAGAUGUAAUUAUCCAAAACAAGUUUUUUGAACAAGUUAAUAUUAUAUCUGCAUUACCAUUACAUACAUUAUCAUAACAAUAAUAUAUCUAACUGUCUAAAAAUGCACUGUCUGUAUUUUAUGAAGUUUACAGUGCUAUACCGUUUAUAAUUAGCCUAUGGGAAUACAUUUAAACAAAUGAAUUGUCAAUGACAGUUCUGUUUUAGAAGUGUUUUAGUCAUUAAUUAAUGUGAAGUGACAAAAGGAAUUAGUGCUGUUGUGCUUUGGCAAAGAGCGGGAUGCUGCACACUGAGCUGUGUCAAUGGGUGCAGCAUAACUUUAGUUGCACAUUACUUUUCCUAUUUUGCUCCAAAAGUUUUUUGAAGACUGAGUUUCUUGGACUUUUACCAACACAAAAUGGAAAGUUUUGUGAAAAACCAUACAACUGCUGUAUAUACAAUUCAAUUAAAUAUCUGUUUCUACAAUUUGAAAUUAAAUUAUACCAGUGUAAAUACACUUUAUUAGUUAUAACAAAUUAAUUAGAAGCAUUUAUCCAUGGCAGAUAAGAAAUAGUUCAAAAAAUAUAAAUUACUUCUAAUUGCUUAGCGAAACAAAGGACUUGAGAAUGUAAACAAUCAGAAAGCUUACAUUUCACAAAAUGGAGGGUAAAUAUUAUAACGAAAUUAUGGUUACUUUGCAGGAACUUGAACCCAUAAAAUUUGGAUAGACACGUCCGCAGUGAAAAAUAGUUUUCAUUAAGAAGGGAUGUUUAAUUAUUUGUUGGCACUCAUGUUUGUAGAUACAUUUGUUAUGCUAAUAUAUUGUUAUGAGGUAAAACUCAAUGUUAACAUGUAUUUAUUUUAUUUAUUGAUGUUUGUUGUUUAUUUUUAUUUAUCAUACUCAUGUUUCAUUAUCAUUGUCAUUUAGGGGUAAUUUAGUAAUAUUGCAUCAAAUUACAUAAACCUAUUGUAUUAUUGUUAAAUAAACAUUGUAAAACAAUUGGCAGACAUUUGAAAUAUAUUUAGCUGUAGUAUAAUGUUUUGUCUGUAUAAUUUUGAAUAAUACUAUGAUUCUGUAAGUUAAGUUUUUCAACUGUAAUAACUAAUAAGGUGCAAUUAAUUGGUGCUUUCACAAAAUUUGUAGUAAAGGACAUGACUUUUAUUUUUCUACAAACUAAAACGUAUACAAUACACUAUGAAGCUUCUAGAUGAUGUCUGUUUAAAAAAAGGAAACUGCAAAGAUUAUAAUUAUAUCUGUUAUCUUUUAACAUUACAUUUAUUUAUAGAGCAUUCAUUCUUAUUUAUUUAUUUUAUUGGGUUGUGAUCUCAUCAGUAACAAGUAUUGUUGAUCAACAAAAACUCUGAAAACCAUACUCCACUUGUAAUUCAGUCAUUUUGCCAUAAAUUGCAAACAAUUUCUUUGACAUUCCUUAAUCCUGUUUUCAAUGGAAAGUGAAUAAAAAGUUUUAAAUUGU